AUGGACAGCUUGCCACUCGAGUUCGUGAGUAGUGCCCGGUCCAGUGAUGCGCAUCCGAUUCCGUGUACAGAUCAUCCAGACGUGCAGUGUGCUCUGUUUGCAACCCAUGGCACUCACGGUGUUUUAGACUUAGGAGCAUCGAAGACGGUGAUUGGAUCCAAUCAUGUUGCCGAUCUUUUGAAUGGCUUGGACCCUGCAAUCAAAGAGAAGGUCACCAAAACCAGUUGUGACAUUACUUUCAAGUUUGGCAAUGAGGGAGUUCUCCAUAGUAGCUAUGCAAUUGUUCUUCCGAUUGGUCGUCUCAAGUUGAAAGUAGCCAUUGUGAAGGGAGGUACCCCGUUUCUGUUGUCGAAUUCUCUGAUGAGAGCACUCCGAGCCAGGAUUGACUGCGAAAACCGUUGCCUCAUCAGCCCACUGCUGGAUUGUGAAGUUCCAUUAAAGCUCACUUCUCGGGGUUUGUUUCUCAUUGAUGUGAACAGCUUGGCAGUGGCAGCUAGGUUGAAGGAUCUCCAGGAACGAGACAGCGGAGAAUUGAAAGACAUCUCCCAUCUCACCCUGACGGACCUCCAGGACCAGAAGGUGCAGUUCGGGCAGAAGCAUCUGGGACGCCCCUUUCAUCAAGUUUGGGAGGAAGAUCAAGAGUGGAUCUCGUUCAUAGCCAGCAAGUAUGCCGAGUCCACCAAGAUGUCUCACCGGUUGAUCGUUCGGUACAUAACUCUUCGUGUGGAACAACACGAACGCAGUCAAACACCGAUUCGUGUUGCCCCACCGGCCGAGUCCCAAGCUGCGUCCAGCCAGCUGCCCAUGAGUCUCCGUCCCGUUCCCAAGAUCAAGGCCAAGCCAAAGGCGGCCAGCCAGAUCCCUCACUCCGAGAUCGUGCAUUUGCCAGACAUGGAGGCAGAAGAGGAAGAGUGGAAUUUAGGGACGUACCAGAGUGGAUAUACAGAACCAACCCCCAUGAAUGCCGACAUGAUGGCCAUGCAGACUCGCAUGUUGCAUCUCGAGAAUGCAUUGACCCAAGUGAUCCAGCACAUGGAACACCAAGCGGGCAUCCAUCAGCCAGUGCCCGAGGACCAGGAAGGAGCGUGA